GACAGAAAGGUCUCAGUAUUGUUACUCUACUUUAAAUUGAGCGUUUACAGUAAAAUUGAGGUUAGCCAUGCAUUCAGUUGUCAUCGGUGUCUUGAUGAUAUUUGCAAUUAAUGCAGCCACACCAGACAUGAGUCUAACAAAAGAACAGAAAGAGUAUUUCUUCGGGAAAAGCAGGGCUAGUGCAGCCAAAAGAGCAAUGACCAGCUAUAAGGAAUGGCUGUGGCCGAAUGGAAUCAUCCCCUGGCAGUUUGACAGCACACUAGACAACGUGACGGUAAAAGAUAUCAUAACAAAAGCCGUGGAACACGUCCAAAGCAAAACAUGUGUCAGGUUUAUAAAAAGAACCAAUGAAAAGGUUUAUGUAAAUUUCAAAUAUGGCAAUUUCUGUACGGCAACCCUUGGCUACCUACCAAAUACUAUAAAUAACGUCACAUACAGUAAAGCUGGCCUGUAUUGUACAAAUGGGAGCAUGGUCCAUGAACUGGGACACGUUGUUGGGCUUCUACACGAACACAACAGACCAGACAGGGAUGACUAUGUCAAGGUUAACUGGACAAAUAUACAGUAUCUCAAAGAAUUCAUUAUCAGCUGGCAAAAGUGGUGGAAUGAGACUGUCGAUUAUCGUAACAUUCCUUACGACUACACUUCCAUUAUGCACUACAGUCGCUACUUCAUGGCCAAAGACCCUAAUUACCCAACGCUGAUCCCUACAAGGAAUAAUAGUGAUGGAUCCCUUGUAGAGACAGGGUACACGGAAUAUUUGAGUCCGUUGGAUAUCAAGCAAAUUAAUCUUCUGUACGGAUGUACAUGUACAGCGAGUGGACAACCAAUGGACKAAGAGAGUAACAGUGAAAAAGAACCUGAGAAUGAAUGAACAAUCUCGUAUAUAAAGAAAAAACUGAUUCAAUGAAAGGGUACGUG